AAGCGCCUACCCGGAUGACGUCAGCGCUCGUGGAUGGGUGGAGAGAUGCGAGCCGCAGGUGGCACAUGAAACUGGCUGGAUUCUGCCCGUUACUUCGUAGCGACGACCUCAUCCACCGUGGAGCGCGUGAGUGGUGCUUUUGACAGACAUGGGGAAGCUUCAGGAAUUCGAGAUUACUUUCACCAAUAACAAAGUGGUCUACAAUCCAGGCGAAUCCGUAUCAGGAACUGUGAGAAUUAAAACAAGCCACUCCUUACAGUUUAAAGCCAUCAAAGUGAACUGCGUGGGGUCUUGUGGCAUCUCCUCCAAGCUGAAUGAUGCAUCAUGGAUGUUGGAGGAGCGAUACUUGAGCAGCACACUGUCUGUGGCCGACAAAGGUACUCUGCCAUCUGGUGAGCACAGCUUUCCCUUUCAGUUUCUCAUUCCAGUAUCUGUUCCAACCUCGUUUGAAGGCCCGUUUGGGAAAAUUCUGUACAAAAUUAGGGCUUUUAUUGACACGCCACGUUUCUCAAAGGACUACAAGACACAGCGACCCUUCUACCUGCUCAAUGUACUCAACCUCAAUGAGUUGCCAGAUAUAGAGCAACCCAGCUGUGCUGUGACAACAAAAAAGUUUAACUACUUCCUGGUAAAAACAGGCACGCUCAUGCUGAGAGCUUGCAGUGAUCUGAGAGGAUACACUCCUGGUCAGGUCAUCAAGCUGUCUGCUGAGAUCCACAACAAGUCUGGUAAAGACACUGGCUGUGUGUUGGCUAGCCUCAUACAGAGAGUGACGUAUAAGACAAAGCGGCCAGUGUUUGACCUACGGCCCAUAGCGGAGGUCGAGGGUGCCGGGGUGAAGGCGGGCAAACAUGCAGAGUGGAGAGAACAGAUCAUCGUCCCUCCUCUUCCGCAGUCAGGCCUCACUGGCUGCAGCCUCAUAGGCACAGAGUAUUUUAUCCAGGUUUCACUAAAAUCUCCCGAGGUUGUGGUCACGUUACCCAUCUACAUUGGGAACAUUGCCAUAAACACUGCCAUUCUACCCCCACACCCCAUCGCUCACGGUGCUCCAAUGCCUGCCAGGCCGAGACUCAGCCCUGCAUCUGUGAUCCCCAGUGCCCCUCCUGCUGAGGAGGAGAUGGAGGGUGAUCUGGGGGCCGGAGGAGUAGCCAACGAGGAGAUCCCCACCAAAAGUCAUUCUCAGCAAGACCCGUCUGGCAUGACUCUCUCCAUGUCUCCCAGUGCAUUCGGUCACGCUUCUGGUCCAGUACCACAGCAGAGCCAACAGCUCGCCCAGUCCUCAGACAGCACUGCAACUUUGUUCUGUGUGUCCACAGGAGCCACCAUACCUUUCUUUACAGAGGGUAACGCAACCCCGGUACCCACUUCCUGUCCUCUGAUCCUGCCACCUGAAUAUAGUACCUGGGAAUAUCCACAUGAGCCGCCUCCCACUUAUGAGGAAAGCUGCAGUAGCAACAAUUCCAGCUUCAACAGUAGCACAAGGUAGACCAAUCAGAGGUCUCAUUAAUUUUUCCAUGCAAUUCCUUGAGUGCCCACUGUUGGACGGUAUAGACAUUGCCGCCAGACCCUAAAUCUGACUAUUCCCUUCCAUGGGCCAAAUAUCUUUAAUACUUAAAAGGAUAAUUUCUAUAUCUCACCCUGUUUCUAAGUUGAUCACCUCAAAUGAUCAUGUCAACCAUGGAACUGAAAAAGGAGAGAUUUUAUUCAGUGCCUAAGAAGACGUAGCACUCUUGAGCAAUCACUAGAUAUGCUCGUGUGUAUUUAUGAAAGAAAUACCUGCAUCUGAACCUUGUAAGUUACACUGAGUAUACUUAUUUUUCAUUCAUCCAAAGCUGGCCUUAUAUGAAGCUCAGUAAAAUCUGAAAAAACCUACAACCCAUAGUUUCUUGCCUGACUGACAAGACUCAUUAAAAAAAUAAAUCUUUCCUUGUGCUGAUAUGGGAAUCUUAAGGAACUCCAUGCUUAUGCCAGCAGGAACGGCUCUUGACAAAGACACUGGGCCGCAGAGAACGUUGCUCUGGAAAGAACAAGUUUUAUGUAUUGAUCAUAGUUGAUGUUGGAAGUAGAAUUUUUCAUUAGACUUUAUACAGUCCAACUCAUCACCAAGCAGACAUGGACCCUUUGUGGAGACAGCUUUGGAAUAUCAAUGUAAUCAGCCAUCAUGGACACAUUUCUAACUUGGCCAAAUGGUAGCCACUAUGUCUUGGAUGCUUAAGGGAACAACAAAUUGCAAGUCAUUUUGAAUGCACUUCAUUGCAUAUAAUUUUGAAAACUUACACUUUCUCUGUUUUGACUGGCUGUCAAGAGAUAUUUGGAGGACACUUCAGACUCCUUACUCCCAUCUUAAAGCGUCACUGUUUUGAAAAAUUAUGUAGGUAUUUUUGUUACCUUGUAUUACGUAAAAAAACAAACAGAAUAAUCAUACUAUACUUUUCUGGGGGUUCAUCAUUUCUCCUUAGAAUUAUUUUAUAGGGAUUCUAGCUAGUUCAUGGGCACAGAUUCAGACUGUGACUGGUUCAAACUGUUUGUGAUAUAAGAAUGUUAGGUAAUAUGUUUGAUGUUGGACAAACCAGAUGUGUUUUUGACCUUCGUGCAGCACUUUUUCUGAAAGUGAAAAGAAAUUUCUUAUAUGCAUCAUUUGAAAUCGAAUGCAAAAUAUACAUGCACGUAUGUUUGUAUUUGAAUUGGUUGGUCAUAUGAUUUCAUAUUUCUCAUUUUAGCCCACAAUGAGUGGAGAUUUAUUAUGGCUUUCCAGUGAGGCCUUAGGCUGUACUAGGAUUGUUGUGUACAGUUUUGUACACAAUGGUCCUUUUAAUAUGUCACACAUUUUUUCCUUAUUACUUGUUCCAAACCUUGAACUGUUUUGAAGAAUUUGGAAGCACAAAAAGGCACUUUUAUAGACUUUAUGUGUGUAUGUGUGUUUGUUAAUUUCUGGGGGGAUUUCUCCACCCCCAUCCUCCCAAAAACAAAAUAAAAAGUUGUUGUUAGCUUAGUACUUGAUUAAGUGAGCAUCAAAGAAAGAAGCUCACGGGUUCUCUUGAAAUUUGAAAAUCAGCUACAGAACAGAUGAAAGACAUUCCAUAUUCUGAUUUUGUAUCAAGCAAAAUUAAAAGAUUCAGUACAGACUAAAUCAUGGUUUCACUCCAUCCCCUCUUUUAAGUGACAAGAAUAUAUAUUUUUAUAUUAUAUAGAAUUAUGUACCAUUUAAAGUGCUUAUAGAGCAUAAUAAUUCUUGAAGAUUUGAAGAAUCAAAUCAAACAUUGCUGAUUACAUAACAGCAGGCCACUGUGACUUUUAACAGUGCAGCUGAAUUUAAAUUUCGAGUCAGAUUUUCUCUGCACUGUGAGCAGCACUGUGUUGUAAUCUCAGUUGAAAAUUCAAACUCACACUUUUUUAACAAUUAAGAUCAUCACAGAUCAGCAAAAAUACACCUGAUCUGUAUUCUCAACUACAUAUUGCCUUAAAUGUGAAUAUGAGAAAUCACUGGUCUCCUUGUAAUUGUAGCAAAGACGAAAACUGUUGUACUUUUCGAGAUAAUGCAGCAUGUUUACUGUUUUUAAUUUUUCUCCCUUGAGACCGUUUCUGUUGGCUUAAAGGGAUAGUUUAAAAAUGUAAUUUAUUUGACCAACAAUUGUUUCAAACCCAUAUAAUGUACUUUCCUCCGUUGAUCACAAAUAGAAAUUUUAGGGAGAAUGUUAGUGACUGACAGCCUCAACCACCAUUCACUUAUAUUGUAUAGAAAAAGAUGCUAUGAAAUAUAAAUACAAAUAUUUUAUCAAUUGGAAAAGAAAAAAAAAUGUCAAUGAAUCAGGUCGUAAAGGAUGGUAGAUCGUUAUUUAGACCCUACAGGUGAUCACCCCUUUCGGGCUCAUCUAAUAUAUAACAAUGAAAUAAAAUGAAAGGGAAAGACAUAAAUAAGUCCUCCAUCUCUGUUUAUGCUGAAGUUGCAGCUUGGACAAACACUUUUCUUGUUUGAUUUGAAUGUGCAACUGUUUUAUAUGUUCUGUCUCUUUCUCUUCACCAAAGGUUCAACAGCUUUAUGAAGUUCAUUUUGUCAUUUGUGUGGUACCGUCUCCCUCUGCAGUUUCAGCAGGUUUUAAAACAAUGUAGCACGAUUGUGGAUAAAUGUUAUUUGUAAAGACAGGACAGUAUCAAACUUGUACAGCAAAGUAAUAAAAUCGCUUAAAAUUC